CGGUCCCUUUCGCUAUGGCCGCAGCGGGACUGUCAGACACAGAACUGCGAGCGGAGCUGCUGGCCCUGGGCUACCAGGCGGGCCCUAUUACUGAUUCCACCCGCAACGUCUACGCCAAGAAGCUCACCCGUCUACGAGCUGAGGUGGCCGCUGGGCAGAGGAGCCGCGGCACCAGCGCCCGGGCGCCUCCUCAGGCCCCGAGCGGCUCCACGAGGCCCAGGGCGGCCGCCGGUGUCAGCCCCAGAGCAGCUCCUCGGGCCCGCGUCUUGGACAGGAGGGAGAGUGAGGAUGAGGAGAGCGAGGAAGAGCAGGAGGGGAGCGACUACGAGCCGCCUCACAGGGAGGCAGCGACCGGCAGUAGAGGGCUAGCUCAGAGAAACCACUGGAGGGUAGAGACUGGAUUCACCCCCGGGAGGUCCCAUUGGGCGACUGGAGAGGGGGGUAAAGCCAGCAGCCUCUGGGAAGGAAGUAGUGGGGUGACCUCAAGGAGGACCCAGUUGGAGGCAGGAGCGGGCUUUCCAUCCUCAUAUCAAAGGGACGCAGCUGCAGAUCGAUUAGCGUCCAGCACCACGUGGGGGGGAAGGUCCACAGGAGCAGAAGGCGUCGGGUUAAACCCUAGUAAAUGGUGGGAGAGGGAGCAGAGCACCAGCCCCUCGUGGGAAUCCAGAACAAGGGAAAGCAACGCAAGGUUCAGCAACAGGGCCAGUUUAGAGACAGAAAGCAGGGUCCCCCCCAGCUCUUAUUUGGGUUCAGUAACAGGAAGGAGUGGAGAGUGGUUAACCUACAGGUCCCCGUGGAAAGCAGAGAAAGAGCCUGGGUUAGCUUCCAAAAGUUCCCAACUACUAUGGGGGACAGGAGCAGGAAAAGAAUUGAGUCAUGGAACCCGUUGGGAUGGGACACCCGAACACAUAGGUUUGAAAUCUCAAGCUCAGGGCACAGGAAGAAAAGGCAGGGGCUUAGAAUUUUAUCUCUCCUGGUUCCUGUGGCUGGCAACCUUAGGGCUGUUGGUAAUUUUCCUGGGCAUCCUUACAGUGAAGAUGAUGGGCCCUGCCCAGCUGGAAGGGGCCGAGGAGAACUUUAAGCUGUUGCCCGUGGAUUGUGGAAAAAGUACAGAUCAUUACUGUCAGGCAAAACAAGAAGAAAUAUCAAUGACUAUACUAUAUGAGUUAUACAAUUACCUUGCAAUUCAAGCUGGUAGCUUUGAAUGUGGAAACCCAGAGAAUCUAGAAAGUAAAUGCAUUCCAGUUAGUGAAGCAAAGGAGUAUAUAGAGAAUGUGACUGGCUAUUCUGAAGAAAAGUUUGAGGAUGCCUUGCAGUGGUUAAUGGACAACCACAAGGACUCAGGAAUAUCGUUACAAGGCAAUGAGCCUUCAGAACCAGUGACUGCUGUGAAACAGGUGGUUUGUCUCGAAUCUACCCGUCCACAGCUGGGGCUAGGCUGCCGUUUCAAGCGGGCACUAAGCACAGCUGUUACAAACCUAUUUAUAUUCUUUUGGAGUUUAGCUUUCCUUUGGGGAAUUCUGAUUCUUCUGAAGUAUUACUGGCGGAAAAGGGAGGAAGAGGAGCGGACCAUGUAUAAAAUGGUGCAGAAAAUCAUAGCUGCUGUCCAGGGUCACUACAAAGAGUGGGAGCAGAACCUGGAACGGUACCCGUAUGUAGGCAUCCUUCACAUCAGAGACACACUCAUUCCACCGCAGGAUAGGAAAAAAAUGAAGCGAGUUUGGGACCGGGCAGUGGAUUUCCUUGCUUCCAACGAGUCACGGAUUCAGACGGAAUCGCACAGGGUAGCGGGAGAGGACAUGCUGGUGUGGCGUUGGACGAAGCCAACUUAUCUCUCUGAUUCAGACCUUUAGCGCCAUGCCAAGGCCAAGCCGAUGUUUCAACACUGCAGGGCGAUGUGCCUCCUCCUAGUUAGGGAAGGCCCUGUUGUCUGUCCUCAGGUGCGCCCCUGACACUGCCGUCCGUGUGUUUAGGAGAAAUAGAAUGACUCUUCAGGGUAAUAGUUUGUCUGUAAGGAAUAGAAACUAUGAUGCGGAGAUGCACAUCAAAGCUAUUCUUCUGGCACACAUUUGGCUUCCGUAAUGUAACCAUUUAAAAAGAGAACUGCUUGCCAAAUUGAAGAUGCCAUUGAUAGUCUUCCAUAACAUCACACCAAAACUAUCUGACCUUCCUCUCACAACGUUAGUGCUAAAACCACUAACGGGAGGAGGGCUGCUCAUUACAGAAACGCCCUGGAUAGGAGUAGGCAACAAAUGUGGAAGGUAUAUUUACUCUUACCAACAGACCAGGAAUCCCAUGUGCUUAUAGGGGGCUGGCAUCUGUGUAUAGGGUGACGGGGAGUGGGGAGGGCUGAGAGGGCAAGUUCAUGUGCCUUUGGAGACAAGCUGGGGAAGUGGGAGGGGCUUAUGGCAGAUUGCAGUCUUCGUGCUUUUUUCCUUAGGCAGGGGUAGGAAAACGUCUGCUCAGAAAACAUAACUGAGUUUGUAAAAACAGAUAAAAGGCUUCUAUGUGUUUAAAAAUGGCCUAGUAGAAAACAGCAGCCAUAUUAUGAGUCACAUGCACUACAACAGAGGAAUUAAGGUGCCUACAGUGUUCAGUCUAAAAAAUGGUCUCCGAGAUCAAGUAUUUGGGCAAUACUGCAACGAGUAGCAGGCUGUUCUCCAAUAAUAGUAACGUACUUUGUGUGUGUAUACAAUAUUGGUUGCCCCAAGUUCAUGUUUGUGUCAAUUUGUGUGUGUUUUUGGGCCGGGGGG